AUGGCAAUCAUCAGUUUGUCUCUCAAAGGUACUUGUAAUGCAUGCGGAAAGAAUCCACCGUGUUGGAACAACGCCAUUUGUCAGUCAGGUUUUACAGACAAGGGAUGUAAAUGCUUUUGUAAUCCUGGAUUUCAAGGCGAACACUGCGAAGUUUCCAAGAACUGUGCUGACACUUACAAAGCUGGAGAAAGGGAAAGCGGUGUUUACAAGAUCAACCCAGAUAGUGCAGGGAUCAUUAAAGUGUUUUGUGACCAAAUAACAGCUGGAGGAGGGUGGUUAGUGUUCCAGAAGAGACUGAACGGCUCGGUGGAUUUCUUUGUAGGCUGGAACCAGUACAAACGUGGCUUUGGAAAUCUGAAUGGUGAAUUUUGGCUCGGGCUUGACAAUAUACACCAUCUGACUAGCCGUGAAGAGUACAAACUUCGUGUUGAUCUGGAAGACUAUGAAGGGAACACCUAUUACGCUGAAUACGAUUCCUUUAAAGUAGCGAGUGAGGGAGGGAAAUACAGAUUGAGCCUGGGAGGUUACACAGGAAAUGCUGGAGAUUAUCUGACUUACCAUAAUGGCCAUAAAUUCUCUACAAAGGAUCAGGAUAACGACCCAUCUCCCAUUAACUGUGCCGCGCAACCGGAUGUGCAAGGAGCCUGGUGGUUCGAUGACUGUAGACUCAGCAACCUGAAUGGUGCCUAUUCGAACGAAGAGGGCCAGGGACCUUGGUUAUGGGGUGGCAUUCACCCAAUUAAGAGGAUUGAAAUGAAGAUCAGACCGACAGAUUUGUUUAAACCGAUGGAUUGA